UACUUAAAGUAAAUUAAAUUAAGAUAUUUUUUGUUGUAUUUUUACAUUAUUUUAAUGAUAAUCAACCACCAAAUUUAAGUUUUCCAUUAAAAUAAAUACUGUAAUGAGAAUGGGGGAAUAAUGUGCUUAAGAUGUUUUAGUAACACUUGCAUUUGUUAAUAUUAGUUAACAUGAACUAACAAUGAACAAUAGUUUUUAAAGACUUACUGUAUUAGUUUUAUAAGUUAACUUUAAUACAUUAUGAACUAACACUAACUAACUUUGAACAAUUUUAUUUGUAUAAAUUAACCAAGAUGAAUACAUACUGUUGAAAAGAUGUUGUUCAUUGUUAGUUCAUGAUACCUAAUGGGUUUACUAAUGCUAACAAAUAGAUUCUUAUUUUAAAGUGUUACCAAUGUUUUGCAUUGAUAAAUUUUUUCAUGAAAAGUAGUGGUCCUAAAAAAUAGGCUUCAUUUUCUUUGAUCAAUAUAUAUAUAUAUAUAUAUAUAUAUAUAUAUAUAUAUAUAUAUAUAUAUACACACACUGAUGGCCAAAAGUUUGGAAUAAUGUACAGAUUUUGCUCUUAUGGAAAGAAAUUGGUACUUUUAUUCACCAAAGUGGCAUUCAACUGAUCACAAUGUAUAGUCAGGACAUUAAUAAUGUGAAAAAUUACUAUUACAAUUUGAUUUUUUUUUUUAGGAACUUCUUAAACUACUCCAAAGAGUUCUCAUCAAAAAAUCCUCCACGUGCAGCAAUGACAGCUUUGCAGAUCCUUGGCAUUCUAGUUGUCAGUUUGUCCAGAGAGGACGACAUCAGGGUGCUUUGUCAGAAAGUUGACGAUGGGGAUUUUGGCGAGGAAAUACAGUUGCAAACUCGAUCAGAAGUGCCGGUGGAUGAGGAUGCUGAUGCGGAGGACAGCCGCCGGUUGAACGGCAGUGUGUUUGACGGGGUUUAUGUGCCGGUUAAGUCAAGCGACGUGGACCGUGAUGAUGAUGAUGAUGGUGAGCAGGACACGAGGGCAAACACAUUUCAAAGAGAAAAGAAGCCAGCAUGUCCAGGUCUGGGACUCCUGUACAGUUUGUUAGCAUCCGUCUUCUUCUCUGUUGCUGCUCUUCUGGUGAAGAAAAUCGAGGGCAUUCACGCCAUCGAAAUCAGUGCGAUUCGGUGCUUCUUCCAGAUGCUAUUUGUCAUGCCAGCCAUGAUAUAUUACAAAACUGGGUUUUUGGGACCAAGAGGAAUGCGGAUCUUCCUGUUUCUCAGAGGGUUCCUGGGAUCCAACGCCAUGAUCUUGUUGUAUUACGCAAUUCUGCAGAUGUCUCUAGCCGAUGCCACAGUUAUAAUGUUCAGCAAUCCAGUUUUCACAGCUUUGCUGGCUUGGAUAUUCCUCAAAGAGAAGUGCACAAUAUGGGAUGUAAUUUUUACCAUAUUUACGCUUACCGGCGUCAUACUCAUAGCAAGACCUCCCUUCCUUUUUGGUGGCGAAGUGCCCGGGAUCGAAGGAGACUACACCAAUCAUAUCAAAGGCACGGCGGCUGCCUUCACGGGCGCUGUUGGGGCGGCAUGCACAAUGGUGAUCUUGAGAAAAAUAGGGAAAAGUGUUCAUUACUACCUCUCAGUUUGGUACUAUGCAGUCUUGGGACUCAUUGAAUGUGUCAUUGUCUUGUUUAUCUUGGAUGAAUGGACCAUACCAUCCUGUGGAUGGGACCGGUGGACCCUCAUGGCAGUCGGGCUGCUCGGUAUAGCCGGCCAGACGUUCCUCACCAAAGCCCUGCAGAUUGAGAAAGCAGGGCCAGUUGCACUGAUGAGGACGAUGGAUGUGGUCCUGGCCUUCAUCUUGCAGUUCCUCUUUCUCAACCGCAAACCGACAUGGUGGAGUCUGGGAGGGGCGUUGUGUGUGAUCAGCAGCACUAGUGGGGUGGCCAUAAGGAAGUGGUACACCAGUACAAGACAAAAUAGCUGAUCACAAGUUAUGAUGAAAUUAGAAUAUAUUUUAUAUCUUUAUAUGUUUGCUACAGAAAAUUGGUACAUUAUAUACCAAAGAAACUAUUUUUACUGUUAUAAUUUACAGCAUAUAUGUAUUUAUAUGACAUUUUCUAGUUUUGUAGUUUCUUAAAAUAGGUAUUUUUACCCUAAAUGAGCUGCUUUACCAAAUGGAGAUUAUUCCAGACUAGACAUUAAUAGACUGCUGGUCAAGACAUAAGUUAGAUGAGUGUAAAAAUGAAAUAAGGAUCUUUAGGUGUAGUUCAACCAAAAAUAAAAAUUUUGACAUAAUUUACUCAACACCAUUUCCUUCCCAUAUGAGCCUAUAUGACUUUCUUCUGUGAGACACCAAAGGAGAUGUUUUGAAGAAUUAUCAAACAUGUUCACACAGGAAAUCGACAUGCUGUUUCCAUUUGAAAGCUUCUAUUCAUGUACCCUGAAAAUCGAUCACAAUCUGCUGAAUUACUGACAAGCACCAACACCCAUCAGACAUUUUUGCAUGAAUCCAAAUGUGUUCACUUUUCCCCAUAGAGCUUCUGAUACCAUGUGGCAUGUGCAAUCUUCGAGACACGGGUUCUAGUCCCAUGGAAUCCAGGAAGUAAUCGUGUUCACAAUAGCAAUGGUGAGUGCGAUUCAGAGGUUGCAUUUUUGCUCUAAAAUUCAGUUUUUACUCCACUGACGAUAAGGGUUAGGGUUGGGAUUUGGGUUAGGGAGUUAUGCAUUCCAGAUGACUGUAUAGCAUUAUUUACAACUAAAAAUACAACUCGCUUUUGGCGCCACCAUGUGGACUUUUCACCUCAACAACAUUUUCAGCCUCUGGGGGCAGUGGUUUUGAAUGUCAGGAAGAACAGACCGAUUUCAGCAGCAGAAAUUUCGACCAACUGUUGCCGAAUUCAGUGUGAUCAGUCUGGAAUUUCCAAGCCGCUCUUUUCUAUACAAUGAAAGUGAAUGCAGAUGGAGGCUGUUGAGCUCCAAAAAGGACAGAAAAGCAUCAUUAAUGUAGUCCAUUUGAAAAAUGUGCCAGGUUUGACAUGCUGAUCCUCAUUGGUUGCUGCAUGCCUUGUGACUAGUUGCUAAAUAUGUUGAAGUACAAAUGAGAUUUGAACGCUACAGCAGAGAGAUGUUUUCAGCAAGUAACGACUUACAUUUUGGUCUGUUUCACACACAAGCUAUUGUGUGACUUGGAAUAUAGCACACGUUAUAUAAAUCACUUUUUAUGGUGCUUUUAUGUAAUUUUUUGUGUUCAACAUCAUCCAUCCACUUUCACUUCCAAUACAUGGAACAGAGCAUUAGAGACAUUCUGCCAAACAUCUCCUUUUUUGUUUCUCAGAAGAAAGGAAGUCAUCCAGAUUUGGUACAACAUGAGAUGACAGAAUUUUCAGUUAGGUUGAACUAUUCCCUUAAAAACUUUUGCACUUUGUCAUUGGCAAUGUACUUAAACUAGCAUUACUGUUAAAAGCAAGACACAAGGGCAACAGGUUGUCUGAAUAUUUUAGCAUGCUCAAACGUAUGUUAUACGUUAGUUCUGGUAAGAUCUGAGUUGUAUGUCCUUAAAACUGAAUAUGCAAUCAGCAAAAUGUUCUGCACCUUUGUGAACCUCUGCUUUGAACUCUAUCUUUGUGCAUCUUAGACAUGCACAACUCUACUGCACAAAUGUUAGCUAGAUAAAGAGUGAGUCAUUCUUAUUUAUUUAUUAAUUUAUGGGGCAUUUGCCUUGACAAGAUGAGUCAUUAUGAGUGGCUAUUCCUAUGACCAUCAUUAAUAGCUCUUCUGAAGUUUAGAGACUCUCAUUGUUUUCCCUUUGCAUUUAUUUAAUUUGAUGAUACAUUUUAUCAUGGUAUUUAAAACUGUUUGUGUAAACUGACCUGGAAGCACUUUACACAGGGUUCCCACUGUCAUGGAAAACCUGGAAAUGUCAGGACAUUUUUAUAUUGCUAUAUCCAGGUAUGAAAAAGUAAUGAAAAUGACUAAAAUCUUAAAAAGUCAUGGAAAUAUCUAAAGGUAAUAAUUUUCUAGUUUUGCUCUGUUUUAAAGUGUUUCAUUAACUAGAUAUUGCUCAUAGUGAGUGAUUGUGUAAAUUAAAACCUGCCCACAAGCCAGCUUGAAACAUCAGUAUUAUAUAUAAAUACAGUUUUAUAGUUUAAAUCUAUUCCAAGUAUUUGAAACUGAUAUACAAAUGAAAAUCUGCCUCAGCAAUUUUCAGAGGGACUGGAAAAGUCAUUGAAAUUCAGUGGUCAAAAAGUGGGAACCCUGUUUACACUGACUCAGUGUGUCAGUGCACCUUUAUUAAAGGCACUUACCAAGAAUGGUUUACUGAUACUGUACCUGCAGUUAAUGCUGCCUUAAAACAUUUUAUCUGAUGACAUAUCUGUUAAAAAUCCAUUUAUGAUAGAGCGAAUCCCUCCAUAUUAUUUAUUGUGAUUAAUUAAAAAAAUGCCUGCUGUAGAUUUCACCUUGCAUAUUUAUAUGACUUAUUUUCUGAAUGUUAGUAGUUGUAAUAAAUCAAAGAAUCUUA